UUAAACAACCAAUAACAACCGUCAAAGCGCGCUUCUUUUGAAUCAUUUUAAACAGAUGUUUGUCACAACAAGAAUGGAUAGACUAUAUACGGGUGAAGAUAUAAGCAUGCGUUAUACUCUCAACAAUGAAUGGUUUUUUUUCAAAAAUCGAGAGUAUACAUAAGGAUGCUUCAAAGCGAACAAUGAAUUUAAGAUGAAAGUGGAUUGAACAUACAAUUCUUUAUUCUCUUUUAUGAUAGUUCUAUGAAGCAUUAUCCAGAAAUAAAAAAAAAGAUCAGUUACAAAAUUUCAUAGCAGUAUUUAUUGAUUGCUAGAUUUUCUAUCAUUGAGGAGAAUAAAAAAAUCAUUACAUACAUGUAAAGAAAAACUGAAUAUUUCAAAUCGCAAGUGCCAUGCAAUCAAACAAUCAAUCAAUCAAUUAACCCGUUAGAAGUAUGUUACAACAGCCUGUCUACAAGAGUUCUCCAUUUCUCCCGCCAGACGAAAGCCUUAUAUGCCAAAAUAGUCCAAAACCUCCCUUAAAGGAUGCUUUGGAGUAUGAAGGUGCUAGAUUGUCAACGUUCGCAACAUAUCCAGAUAUUCCUGGCAUCUAUGCAACUAAACUUGCAAGAGCUGGAUUCUAUUAUCUAGGGAAAGGUGAUGAGGUUGUUUGCUUUAAAUGCAAAAUUACAUAUAAAAACUGGAAACGGCAUGAUUCUCCAACAGAAAUUCACAAGCGAAUUUCGCCACUUUGUGAUUUUAUCAAACAAAAUAAAUUCAUGGAAUAUUCCCAAAAUGUUACAGAAGCGGCUGUUAGUAAUGGUGUGCAUUAUAGUCCGAGCAAAAGAACUGCAUGCACAAAUACAUUAUGCGACAAAACUAAACAGACUUUUAAAAUUACUGUUCCUCAACAGAGCUCAAAUGAGCAUACCAACGGAACUGAGACUCAAAGAAUUGAGCAUACUAACAUGAUAAUGAAUCAAAAUUCAAACGGCUUUAAUUACAAUAAUUCACAUACUCAUGACGUAGGGAUACAAAGCAGUCCAAGUGGUAUAAAUCAAACUUUCAGGAACAACACGAAUACUGAUAUAACAAGAACAGAAACUUACCAAAAUGACAAUAGUUACUCGACUAAUAGCACUGACAGCUUGGUCAGAAUUUCAACGACACAUUUAUCUACUAGGACUAGUUCUAGCGCAUCAAACAACCAUACACUGAGCCAAACGAUUUCUAACGAUAGUACAUUAGCUAGUCAAGCUUCACUGGAAGCGGGUGCGAUGGGGAUUUGCCUUGAUAACCCUAAGUAUCCAAAGUAUGCAACAAGACUAUCUAGACUGGACUCGUUUAAACAUUGGCCCUCAUAUAUGACACAAUCUCCAGAGGAUAUGGUUUCAGCAGGAUUCUUUUUUACAGGUAAUGAAGAUCAUUGUCGCUGCUUUUUCUGUGGCGGUGGCUUGAGAAACUGGGAACCAGGUGAUCAGCCUUGGACAGAACAUGCACGCUGGUACCAAAACUGUGCUUUUGUGCGAAAUUGUAAAGGCGAAAGAUUUAUACUAGAUGUUCAAACAAACAACAUACAGGCUCAAAUAGUCGAAAAGAAUGAGCUACCAAACACUAUAACGCCAGUGGAUGACAUUAGAAACAUCCCUGCAGUGAAAACUGUAUCUCAGUUCGGAUAUGACAAAAAGUUAGUCAAAGAAGCUUACGACACUCUCAAGAAAGCUGGAACAGCAGAUAUAACAAGUACAGUUCUUCUUGAAGCCAUCUUCAAUUUAGAGGAAAAAAGGAAAGAAACCCAAGAAAAUUCAAAUAAAACCAAACCUCAAAUGGCAGAAUCGCAAUCAGCAGCCGGGACUGCAAUUACAACAAAAGUAAAUAACGAACCUGCAAUUGAUCCUGAGCUUGAACUGUCAGUAAGGAGUCUUGAAGAAGAAAAUCAAAACCUGAAAGAUCAACAGACUUGUAAAAUAUGCUUAGAUGAACCAAUUGCAAUUGUGUUUCUACCCUGUGGCCAUUUAGCUGCCUGUGUUACUUGUGCGCCUGCGCUAAGACGAUGUCCAAUAUGCAGAACUUUCAUAAAAGGAACAGUAAAGGCUAUUAUGUGCUGAUGUCUUUAGCUUUUACAAAAUCUUGGAAUCAUUAUCUGGACGGGCAAAAUCAAAAAACUGCAAAUUCUUUAUCAUAUUCAAAGAAAAUAUAAUACAGGAUACAGUGUCGGUAGUGUAGCCACGGCGUGAUAAAAACAAGCGUUCAAGUCCCUUUGAGGGAGGACAAAAACAUCUGACGCAAAAUUGUAGGUUUAGUAUCUUUGGUCUUCAUUUGAGACGAAAUAUAUAGAUAUACAGCAAGGUCCAUGUAUAUCAAAAGUGUGGGAUACAUAUCAAUACAAUGAUUGGGCAUCCUCUUUAUAAGUACAACGUACGUUGUAUUCAAAAUACAUUGCACAUAGUUAGUUGGAAAUAAAACAACCGAAAUACGAAUGAGAUGUGAAACCAGUUACCAUCAUCAGGCUUGUAUGGUAGAGGGGGAAAGA